AUGGCAAGUCCGCAUAGAAACAAUAACUUAAGCUAAUAUGAGGGAGACAUAGGUGAUAGAAGUGAUUUCAAGUUCGAGGAUGAUGGCAUUAGCUAGAAUUACGCUCAUAGUCCUGAACUAGGCGGCAUUCGUGAUAAUGAUAUGCAGUUUUCUAGAUAGUCUAUAACAAGUGAAAUAGCGUAGAAAUAUGAUGAUGGAGGUAACAAUUAAAUUGGAUAAGACCUUUACGACGAUGGACUUUUUAAUCCAGGCUAGAAUAGACUAGAUGAGGAUGGUCUGGGGGGCUUUGGAGGUGGUAAUGAACCAAGUAUUAAUAUGCCUAAACUUGGCCUGAACUAAGAGCCUUCAUUGUUGAAUUAAUCUCCAGGAAUAGGCCAGCUAGGUCUAUAGAACAAUAAAAGAGGAGAGAAUCAACGCCUACUUUAAAAUCAAAAGAAGCUGGUUCUUAAACAAAUCUAGUAGGAAGAAGAAAAUAAAGAGGUGCUUAAGUAUAGGAACAUUAACCUAGUCAUGAUAAUCUUCACAGUGUUUAUUACUAUAAUCUUCUUGCAAGUGCUAGCAUAUGCGCAAAAUGCUGUGCCAUAGACCAACGGAAUAGCAGUGUCAGCAGGUGCAAGUAUUGCUUAUUUUAUUUUGACAUUUAUCACUCUUUUUGUGCUUUAUCUUUAGUAUGAGAUAGUCAACUUUGGAUAUAGAAAUGCCUUGAUUUUUUGGAGAUUUACUUCCCCUCUCUAUGGACUUAUAAUUGUGGUUUUAGGCAUAGUAGAACUUGGAGUUGAGUUCAGUAACAUGGAUGCUACCUGUGCUACUGUUUGGAAAAGACUUAGCUCUAAUCAAAAGUUAUACUUUGAAAACAGCCAGGAUAAUCUAGUAAGUGAAAGAUCAAGGAAUGCUGCUAUGAUAGGGGCAUUUGCUUUAAUCAUCGGGAUCCUCAUUAUAAUCUAAGGAUAUCCACUUCAUGAGCUUUUCAGUCAAAGUGCAAUAAAGUGGAAACCACCUAUGAUAAGCAGGUUGCCUGAGUUGGAGUAACAUGAGACUGUGAACUUUGAGUAUAAUCACUAUCAUGAUGAAGAUGAACCUAUAUAGACUAACUAAUAGCAAACAGUAAUGGAAACAGGUUAAAACUUUAUGAAUUAAUACGAUCAGCAAGAAGAAGACGAUUUGAUUGAAAAGUAGGAAGAUAUGAUAGCAAAGAAGGCUUUGGAGAUGAGUAUAGGUGCUGCUCCAGGUACUUUUAAAUAUGAUAAAUAUGCCAAUUACAACAACGAGCAAAAUCCCUCCCCUGAUUAUGGUGGUAAUAGUGCAAUGUUUCAGCAACAGAUGGAUAACACAGGUUACAACAGAGACGAACCUUUAAGACUCAGAUAAGAUUAUGGUUUAGGAGAUCAAGACUACAACUAGGCUCAGAUUAUAAAUCCUAUUUAUUAAUCAAAAAAUAAUGUUUGUAUGGACUAGCACGGAUUUGUUGCAAUGUCUUACUCUAAUGAUGAUAAAAACUUAGUAUAAAUUGAUUCUGAUGCACUAGUUGGAUAUAUCAAGAUUCAAAAAUCACUUUAAGGCAAACCUAAAAUAUUAGUGAACAUCGGAAGUAUUCUAGCCUCGUUUAUUUAACCAUAAUCCCAGAAAAAAACAAGCACGCCAGACAAGCAAAGAUUCUUUUUUAGGUGCAGCUAGAGCAAGCACAGUCACUGUAAUGGAAAGCUCUAUGUAGAAAUAGAUAAGCAAGGCAAUAAUUCACUCUCUGAAAUAAAGUCAAUCGAAGAGUGUACACUUUUUGUGAGCAAAAAAAGUAGCUGUACUAAUGUUUACCGAUAGUGUCAUAACUAAUGUCUAUCUGUCCUGAAUUACCUAAGAUAUUAAGGAAGCUAAAGUAAGCAAUAUAGAAUUGCUCAGGUACGCAAAAACUCAAUAUAAAUCUCAGAAACUCAGGAUCUUAGCUGGUUAUUCGAUAAAAACUAAAAAUGCCAUGACUAAGAGCAAAAGACUGAGUAAAUGAAUACUACAGAGACUGGUGAUGGCCUUAGUAGGUAGUAAAGCCUGGUUUUGUAAGAACAAUAUUUUGAGGAUCUUGGUAAUAUUAGUAAAGCCCUUAAGGACUCGACUCGUACAAAUACUCCCUAAAGCAUUAAAUCUCAUUUUAGACCAUCUAUAGACCUUUCUGAAACCCCAAGGAGUUUUGAUACUUUUUUCUAAGAAGAGCAAAACCUUAUUCUAGAAGAAGAAAGGGACUAUUCUGUUUCGUUCUGGCAUUUAAACUCUGACAUUGAAGACCAAGAUGAAAUUUAUGUGGAAUAGUUGCUAUAAACUCGGAAGAGGGGGUAGAAGAAAACUGGGUAAUAAAGACAAUAAAAUUAUGAAAGAAUACUGGAUUCCUAAUUCCAAACAUUUUAGGAAGAACUUACUUAUUCUACUGUAUGA